AUGACUGUCGAUAACGCUGCCCCAGUUUCGUCCUGUAACAAGGACAUUGGCCCUUUACCAGCCCAAUUCCCACAAUUGAAUGAAAACGUUCUCGAAUUGUUUCUCCUCACUAACAAAUCUGGUGUUGUCACUGGAGGUGCUAGAGGUAUCGGAUUUGUAGUUUCUGAAGCAUACUGUCAAGCCGGUAUUCAAAAUUUGGCUAUUGUUGAUUACGCACCAAACCCUGCAGCUAUCAACUUAUUGACUGAAAAAUACCCAAAGACCAAAAUCACCUUCCACACUUGUGACGUUAGAAAGGCUGAACAAGUUGCUGCAGUUAUUAAGGCUAUCCAUGAAGAUUUCAAGCAAAUUGAUAUUUUCGUUGCCAACGCUGGAAUUGCCUGGACCGCAGGUGCCUUGAUCGAUCAACCAGAUGACGUCGAUUGGCUCAAUGUUAUGAAUGUUGAUCUUAACGGUGUUUACUAUUGUGCUAAGAACAUAGGUAGAAUCUUCAGAGAUCAAGGAUUUGGUUCAUUAGUUAUGACUGCUUCUAUGUCUGCUCACAUCGUCAAUGUGCCCAACUUCCAAGCCGCAUACAAUGCGGCCAAAGCCGGUGUUUUACACUUAGGUAAAUCACUUGCCGUUGAAUGGGCACCAUUCGCCAGAGUCAACACCAUUUCCCCAGGUUACAUGGCUACCGAAUUGUCUGAUUUCGUUCCAGAUGAACAAAAGAACAUCUGGUACGCCUUGACUCCAAAGGGAAGACAAGGUUUACCAAGAGAAUUAGCUGGUGCUUACUUGUACUUAGCUUCUGAUGCAGCUACCUACGUUACCGGUGCCGACUUAAAGGUUGACGGUGGUUACUGUUGCAAAUAG